ACGCUCACAUUUUUACAGUUUUACUAACCGACCGACCCAUCUUUCCUUAGCAUACAAAUACCCCCGGAACUCCGCACUCAGUCUCCUUCAGCUUGUCCAAGGUGGAAUUCUCAAGCUUCCCUCCUAAGGAAUUAGAUCGUCUAAGGCUGCGGCUACUAUUUCAAUUAGCAAGAGAGUGACGAAGAAGAUUGCGAUCUCAAUCACCAUGAAUUCAAGAAGGGACUACCGUAACAGUAGAGUUGCUCUCUUUGAUGGCAUUGAGGAGGGUGGUAUAAGGGCCUCCACUUCUUAUUCCUCCCAUGAAAUUGAUGAGCAAAGCAAUGAUAGAGCAGUGGAUGGGUUGCAAGAUAGAGUGAAUCUCCUGAAAAGAUUGACAGGUGAUAUACAUGAGGAAGUGGAGUCCCAUAACCGUAUGCUGGAUAGAAUGGGGAACGAUAUGGAUUCAUCACGGGGAGUCUUAUCAGGAACUAUGGAUAAAUUCAAGAUGGUAUUUGAGACCAAAUCGAGCCGGAGAAUGUUUACGCUUGUGGCAUCAUUUGUGGUCAUUUUCCUGGUUAUAUACUAUCUCACUCGGUAAAUAGUUUUAUGAAUGGAGAUAAUCUGCUGGUUUAUGCUUCUUGAACUGGGGAAAUUUUUUCACUUUGUUCCUGUGGUCAAUAUCAGCACCUUCCUGUAAGAUAUUUUGGUAUCUGAGUUUGUAUAAAGAUAUAUUGAUGCACCAGAGAUUUUUGUGUGUGGAAUUGAUUGCAUUUGCCUAA